GGGAUGAUGAGUUUCAUGUGGAACGUUGUGUAUGUGAUCAUCGCCUUAGUGAUUGUGAAGAUCAGCCAGUGGUUAUGGCAAUGGUCGAACCCAAACUCCAAGGGCAGUGGCAAUCUACCACCGGGGUCAAUGGGUUUUCCAGUCAUCGGAGAGACGAUUGAAUUCUUCAAGUCUGCUGGAUUGCUUGAGAUCCCACCCUUUUUCCAGAAGAGGAUGCUAAGGUACGGGCCGUUGUUUCGAACCAACAUUUUGGGCUCUAGAACGGUGAUUUCAACGGACGCAGAUGUUAUCUUCGAGAUUUUCCGGCAGGAGAACCAGUCUUUUGUACAAAGCUAUCCGGAUGUUUUUGUCAAGGUACUUGGAAAAGACAAUGUGUUCUUCAAGACAGGAGACAUCCACAAGCAUAUCAAACAUACCACUAUGCAUCUCAUCGGCUCGGAAGGUUUGAAGCGAAGGAUGAUAGGAUUUAUGAACCAGACCACCCGCGAGCAUCUUAGAUGGAAGGCUAGCCAAGGCGCUUUCAACCUUAGGCAUGCUGUUUCAACCUUGAUAGUAUCGUACAUAACACCGCAGAUGAUAAGUAACCUAAAACCAGAAACUCAAGCAAAGCUUAUAAAUCAUUUCAAGGCUUUCAAUAUUGAGUGGUUUCAGUCCCCUUUCUCGCUCUCUACCUGGAAGACUGUCUACAAAGUCCUUUGGGCACGUAGAGAAGCAGCCAAGAUAAUAAACGUAGCUCUGGAGGGGAGGAAAAAUUCAAUAGAGAAACAAGGAGACUUCCUCGAUACAUUGCUAGAGGAGAUGAACAAGGAAGGCAGCAUUUUUGACCAAGCGUCUAUUGUAAACCUCCUGUUAAAUAUUGGAGUCGUCUCUAGAGAUACUACCUCUCACGCUACCGCUUUAACCGUCAACUUUAUCUCAAAAAACCCAAGAGUACUUACGGAGCUGAAGAGAGAGCAUGAUGCGAUUGUACAAAACAGAGAAGAUAAAGAAGCAGGACUUAGCUGGGAGGAAUAUAAAUACUGCAUGCCUUUCACCCGCAUGGUUAUCUACGAGUCGCUUCGGCUGGCAAACUUGGGAACCAUAAUGUUUAGAAAGGCAGUGAAAGAUGUCGUAAUCAAAGGAUACACAAUUCCAGCGGGUUGGAUAGUGGCCGUUGCACCUUCAGUGGUUCACUAUAAUUCUGAAAUCUAUGAGAACCCAUUGGAGUUCAAUCCAUGGAGAUGGGAGGGCAAAGAUUUGCGGUCGCCAGGGUCUAAAACAUUGAUGGUGUUUGGAGGUGGAGCAAGACAGUGUGUAGGAUCAGAUUUGGCGAGACUUCACUUGGCAAUCUUCCUUCACCAUUUUGUAACUACUUACGAUUUCUCGGUGGUCCAAGAAUGUGAGAUUUAUCGGGUACCAUUUCCUUGCUUCACCAAGGACCUGCAUAUAAAAAUCUCUCCCAGGUGAACGCUGCAGUUCCAUGUCUCAAUAAUCAGAUCAUAAUAAUAUAUUCGUGCUUUUUUUCUUCUUAAUGCAAAUAACGAAUAAUCCCGAGGAAAUGUACGAAUCUUUGUGGGAUUAUUGGUAGAUGGGGGUCUAAAGAUUCUUAGAAUUUGUAAGCUCCAUUGAUCUUGGUUUAUAAAACUUAAACACUCUUAAUGAAAUCUG